UGCGCAUGUGCAGCAGCGCCGCUGUCACGACCCGCAGGAGCUAACGGAGCUAAGCUAAGCUAAGCUAAGUAACCAUGAAGGCUCUUCGGGGAAUGGUCAGCGGGGCCGUGAGCGAAAUUUCCUCGGCUGUCAGCGGACACAAGCCCGUCGUCGCUGCCCGAGAACAUGCGCUAGCGGUCAGUCGUGACUACAUCUCUCAGCCGAGACUGACAUAUAAAACUGUGUCUGGUGUCAAUGGCCCACUGGUGAUUCUGGACCAAGUGAAGUUUCCCAGGUACGCUGAGAUUGUCCACCUCACCCUCCCUGAUGGCACUCAACGCAGCGGGCAGGUGUUGGAGGUCACCGGUUCCAAAGCUGUUGUCCAGGUAUUUGAGGGAACAUCAGGCAUCGAUGCCAAGAAGACGAGCUGUGAAUUUACAGGGGACAUUUUGCGUACACCAGUGUCCGAGGACAUGCUGGGCCGUGUGUUCAAUGGAUCUGGAAAGCCAAUCGACCGAGGCCCCGCUGUCUUGGCGGAGGAUUACUUGGACAUUAUGGGCCAACCCAUCAACCCACAGUGUCGUAUCUACCCAGAGGAGAUGAUCCAGACAGGCAUCUCUGCCAUCGAUGGCAUGAACAGCAUCGCCAGAGGCCAGAAAAUACCCAUUUUCUCUGCAGCUGGUCUACCACAUAACGAGAUCGCUGCACAGAUCUGUCGGCAGGCUGGUCUGGUGAAGAAGUCCAAAGAUGUGAUGGACUACAAUGAAGACAACUUUGCUAUUGUGUUUGCAGCCAUGGGGGUCAACAUGGAGACAGCUCGAUUUUUCAAGUCGGAUUUUGAGGAGAAUGGUUCUAUGGACAAUGUGUGCCUGUUCCUGAACCUAGCCAAUGACCCCACGAUUGAACGCAUCAUCACUCCACGCCUGGCACUUACUGCUGCUGAGUUCCUGGCCUAUCAGUGUGAGAAGCACGUUCUGGUCAUCCUGACGGACAUGAGCUCCUAUGCUGAGGCACUGAGAGAGGUGUCAGCAGCUAGAGAGGAGGUGCCUGGCCGUCGAGGCUUUCCUGGUUACAUGUACACUGAUCUGGCUACAAUCUAUGAGCGAGCUGGCCGCGUGGAGGGACGCAACGGCUCCAUCACUCAGAUCCCCAUCCUCACCAUGCCUAACGAUGAUAUCACACAUCCUAUUCCUGAUCUGACUGGCUACAUCACGGAGGGUCAGAUCUAUGUGGACAGACAGCUUCACAACAGACAGAUUUAUCCUCCUAUCAAUGUGCUGCCGUCUUUGUCUCGACUAAUGAAGUCUGCUAUUGGAGAGGGGAUGACACGCAAGGACCAUUCAGAUGUGUCCAACCAACUGUAUGCCUGCUAUGCUAUCGGAAAAGAUGUGCAGGCCAUGAAGGCUGUGGUCGGUGAAGAGGCCCUUACAGCUGAUGAUUUGCUGUACCUGGAGUUUCUGCAGAAGUUUGAGAAGAAUUUCAUAUCUCAGGGUGCAUAUGAAAACCGAAGUGUGUACGAAACCCUCGAUAUUGGCUGGCAGCUUAUGAGAAUCUUCCCCAAGGAGAUGCUGAAGAGGAUCCCUCAGAGCACACUGGCAGAGUUCUACCCUCGAGACUCCAAACACUAAGUUUCAUUCUUUAGUUCUCUCUCUCUCUCUCUCUCUCUCUCUCUCUCUCUCUCUCUCUCUCUCUCUCUCUCUCUCUCUCUCUCUCUCUCUCUCUCUCUCUCUCUCUCUCUCUCUCUCUCUCUCUCAUUCAUUGAUAUUGUGUACCCUACAUCACCUCUGCCUUCCAACAUCACUCUCAGAUGUCUUAUCAUACUCUGGACCUUGAGUCUUAGCAUCGUAUUUCAUGCUUCUAUUUUGCUGCUUUUUGGUCUUUGUACAUUAUCUAAUUGUUGCCAAACAGUCAUGUAUAUUUGUUGUGAAUAUUGUUGCUAUACUGCAGUAAGAUCUCUGUGCAGCCUUAUGUGUGAAAGAACAUUGUGAUUACAUAAAUAGUUUAUUAUAGAAACCUUUAGUCCCUUUGUGGACAGAGCAGUUUGCGCCACCAGUGAUUCAAUACGAUCUGCAGUGAAUGCUGGACCACUAUGACGCUGCAGUUGUCGUUUUAACGCUGGUGACGUAGCUGGUGGGGUUUAAAAGCUGUUUGCAUGUGACCUGAUAUUCCUGCCGGACAAAAGUGCGGCUCCACUUAAUGCUACAGGUGUUACCAAAUCUUCAAGUGUGCUAUUAUCUUGCUGUACGCUGUGAUUUAUAUGGAUUAUAUUGUAGAGAAGCCAUAUGAUUAGUAAUACUGGUGGCGCUGUAUACAUCUUCAAAAGGUUUAAACAUUCACUGAGCAAUAUCAGUUUAAGUUCUUGUUUUUUUUAUUUAUAAAACUAAAAACCUUUUUUAUUUUGAUGCCUUAUGUUCUGCUUAACUGCCCUUGUUCUCUGUAGUGAUUGGUUGGAUGUUGGCUGUUGUCUGACACUUUUAUGAGAGAGUUUUAUUGCAUACAUUGAAACCUUCUAUGUUACAAAGAGAGGAAUGUUUACUUAUUGGGUAAAAUCAGUAUUUAUUUGUUAUGUAUUAAUAUUUUUGUUGUUAUGUUCAUUUAUUUAUAUUCUGUGCCAUGGAUUUAGUGUGCCCACCUGCUCUUUUUUGUUGAAUGCAUGAUAUAUUGUGAAAUGUUUGUAGUCUAUCCAGUCUGUGGAAUAAAAUCUGGUCUUGUGCCAUUAUUGUUGCACA